UUCCCCACCAAACAUCAAACAAAAAAUUAUUCGUACUACCAGCAAUGAAGUGAGCCUUGUAUUGCUCCUUCACAUCAGAGGCAGAACCGAAGAAAGUAAGCCUUCUCUCUCGGGUCUUUCAUUCCUCCGCAUUCUCUCUGGUCGCCAUGGAUCGUCGAAUCCAUGGCGUCGCCACGCUCCUCUUCUCUCUUCUUAUCUUCCUCUCCGGCCUCCCCUUCCUCGCAUUCUCCGAUUCUCCAAAUCUCAGAUUGUCGGUCGCUUCUUCCUCUGGUCAAAUAAACUCCAACUCAGUUCUGGUGGCUCUUCUGGACUCGCAUUACACGGAGCUUGCCGAGCUGGUCGAGAAAGCUAUGCUUUUGCAGACUCUCGAAGACACUGUCGGUGCCCACAACAUCACCAUCUUCGCACCCAGAAACGAAGCUCUCGAGCGUGAUCUCGACCCAGAGUUCAAGCGCUUCCUUCUCGAACCCGGCAAUCUCAAGUCUCUUCAGUCCUUGCUCAUGUUUCAUAUCAUUCCCACCCGAAUUGGAUCGCAGGCGUUGCCCACUCAAACCGGGUCAACCCGUCACGAGACGCUCUCUAAGUCCGAGUUCAUUCGCCUUGCCAAUAAUGGGACCGGGGAAUGGACAGUGGAUCGCGCCAAGAUUAUUCACCCCGAUGUAGUCUCCCGACCCGACGGAGUGAUCCACGGGAUUGAGCGCCUCCUUGUCCCUCGUUCCGUCCAAGAUGACUUCAACCGCCGGCGGAGUCUUCAGUCCAUUACGGCGGUGAAGCCCGAGGGAGCGCCGGAGGUUGACCCCAGGACGCAUCGCCUCAAGAAGCCGGCUCCGCCUGUUAAACCAGGUUCGCCGCCGCUUUUGCCCAUUUACGAUGCCAUGGCUCCGGGACCCUCUCUGGCGCCUGCCCCAGCUCCCGGUCCCGGUGGACCACACCAUCAUUUCAACGGGGAAGCCCAGGUCAAGGAUUUCAUUCAGACACUGCUUCAUUACGGUGGGUACAAUGAAAUGGCCGACAUUUUGGUGAAUCUGACAUCCUUGGCAACUGAAAUGGGUCGGUUAGUGUCUGAGGGCUAUGUCCUAACUGUCUUGGCUCCGAACGACGAAGCCAUGGCUAAACUAACCACGGACCAGCUGAGCGAACCGGGUGCUCCGGAGCAAAUAAUGUACUACCAUCUAAUACCCGAAUAUCAAACCGAAGAGAGUAUGUACAAUACAGUUCGAAGGUUUGGUAAGGUCCGGUACGAUACGCUCCGGUUACCACAUAAGGUGGUAGCUCAGGAGGCAGACGGGUCGGUCAAAUUCGGGCAGGGAGACGGGUCGGCUUAUUUGUUCGACCCCGAUAUUUACACGGACGGUCGUAUCUCGGUUCAGGGUAUCGACGGGGUUUUGUUCCCACCGGAGGAGGAGGAAAAACCGGUGACCCGGACGGUUCAACCCGCCAAAGUCGUGGUUAAACAGAGAAGAGGAAAAUUGCUGGAAGCAGCAUGCCGGAUGCUUGGAACCUUUGGACAGGAUUCUAGAUUCGCCGCUUGCCAUUGAAGAACCAAUCCUUUGGCUGGCAACAUAAGCAUUCACAAUUAUAUUGGUGGAAAUCCCAAAGAUGUAAAAAAAAAUCACGGGAUAUGGAGGUAGCUUUGGUUGAAUAAAGAAUAGAAGCCGUGAUUGUGCGAUCAUUUUGUUUUGCAAGUUUUUGUUUGUGGAAUGAAUGGUGGUAGGCUGAAGAACAAAAGUUUCUGUAGCCUUGUGAUGCAACAAUGCAAUAUAAUGCAUAUAAUGUAUGUAGAUGAUUCAUGGGGAUAAUCUCAAUUCUUAUCAUAGAGGGGUGGUGUUGGUGGGAUCCAAAGGUUUUUGUGCAACACAAGGCAGGGAUCUCUCUGCCCGAUACGUGUCCAUUGAGCAAGUAUUUUCACCCAGAAAAAGGUGGGAAAUACAAUAAAAAAAAUCAAUUCUUUUGUGUAAUAAUAAGACCUCCUUCCCAAGCAAAGCAA